GUCCAACCUCAGCUGCUCCACGCUCUGGAGAGAGGAGCAGAGCCGUCCAGGCUUUCCUAGAAAGAGGAGCCGCCAGCAUCGCCCAGCAGAAUCGCGCGACUCUUUUCGCCUGCUUCACCUCGCAAAAGACCCAACAGGCUGGAUACCGAUUUCUUGACUCAGAUCCUACCUAAACAGCACUUACUUGAACAGAAAGCCUUUGGGACUCCGGAGGGACUUCCUUCUGCAGAAGCAUCCCAGGAAAGCUUGCCCCGACGGUCGUCUGGGUUGUCCAAAACCUGGGCUCUCCUUUGGAAGAAGAGACAGGUUUGCCUUUGAGCGCAUCGUCCUGUGCCUGUCCGUCUGGGGGUGCGGGAAGGCGCAGAAGUCUGGGCACCCGGAGAGAGCCCCGAUCCUUCGACGGGCGAGGCUAUGUCGUUCAGCUGGACGGGGCUGGGCAGCAGCGCGUCCGCCUGGGGCAACCUGACAGCGGAGGGCAACGGCAGCGGCGAGGCGGACCCGGCUCCUGUCCAGGCGUCAGAGCGGCUGCCCUCGUCGCAGCAAGCCCGGGCGCUCUUCAUCAUCCGAUGCGUGGUGCCCUCGCUGUACCUGUUGAUCAUGGCGGUGGGCUUGGUGGGCAACGCCACCCUGCUGAAGAUCUUCGUGGGCAGGAGCGCCGUGCGCAGCGUGCCCAACAUCUUCAUCUCCAGCUUGGCUGCCGGCGACCUGCUGCUGCUGCUCACUUGCGUGCCCGUCGACGCCUCGCGCUUCUUCCUCGAGGACUGGCUCUUCGGCGAGGUGGGCUGCAAGCUGCUGCCGGCCAUUCAGCUCACCUCGGUGGGCGUCUCCGUCUUCACGCUCACUGCCCUCAGCGCCGACAGGUAAGACGAGGCGAGGGGCAGGCGGGAGAAGAGACACCCGGGGAGAGAGAGAGAGAGAGAGGCAGACAGACGAACAGUCAUAGAGUCAUAGAACUGGAGAGUUGGAAGAGACCACGAAAGACAUCGAGUCCAACUCCCUGCAAUGCUGGAAUUUAUUUUGGCAGAACCGUACAGAGAGACACAGAGAGGAAGAAAGUCACUGCCAGACACAAAAGACUGAAGGGGGGGAAAGGAAGAGAGAGAUUCUUUCACAUUUAACCCACACCUAGCAGAGGGCUGGACUAGAAGAUCCUUUGGGUCCCUUCCAACUCCACAAUUCUAUGAAUCUCCGUUUGUCCUGGUCGGCGUAUCCUGUCUUUCAUACUUCCACAAGAGCCAGUCCAAUGGGUGAAUAAUUUUCCUGUCUCUGGUAAAGGAAAACGCUUUCUUAGGCGAAUUUCUGGCCCUUGUUAAAGGCACGGAUGCUCUGCUGAGAUGGCCAUCGGAGCAGGACUUCAAACUUAAGUCUGUUGGCUCAGAUGUAAGGUUACCCACCAAGAAGGGCUGGAUUAGAGUUCUGCCUCCCUAAAGGCUCAGCGCACUGGAUCAUGCCUUGACUGCAAGGGGAAGGGCCCUGUGCAGCAGGUGUGCUCUCCAGAAUUCCCAUCCAUCACUGGUCCCACUGCCUGAGGCUGAUGGGCAAUCAAAAUCCACAGCAUCAGAAAGGCACCCUGCUGGCUGUCCAUGGUCUGCAGUGUCCUUCUCUGGACCACUAAUUAACAAUGGAAAUGAACCGCUGCUCCUGUGUGGCUGUGCUUAUGUUGUAGCAAUCCCAUUCUUAAUUUUUUCUUUGGAGGUGAAGCAUCUCUUAACAAACACACACACAUUUCCAUAUCACACAUAAAUAAUGCGUCGAAAUUGCUGAGACAAAGGAUGGGGCUCACUCACUCACCUGGCAUUAAAGAGGGCUUAUUUUAUUUCAUUCUUCAUUUAUAUACUACCUUUCCCUCCAAGAAUCUCAAGGUGGUGUCCAUGGUUCUUCCUUCCCCCUUUUCUCCUUGCAACAACCCUGCAAGGUAGGUUAGGCUUAGAGAUAGUGACUAGCUUGAGGUCACCCAGUGAGCUUCAUGGCUGAGUGGGGAUUUGAAUCCCGAUCUUCCAGGUCACAGUCCAACACCCUAACCAUUGCACCACACUGACUCUUGACAACUGCAUGGAGAAACAUGGCCAUCAGUCACAAUAUCUAAAUGGAGCUUCCCUAGUUAGAGGAAGUGCACUUUUGAAUCUCAGGUGUUACAGGGGAGAAACAGGAGCCAAUGGUUGGUUGCCUUUGUGUCCUGCUUGUGAGCAUCCUAGAGGCAUCUGACUGGACGCAGGUGUAAACAGACUUCAGGACACAAAGAACUUAGGAAGGAUCUUACUCAUCUUUCAAAUCUGGAGUGCUGCGUUCAGUUAUGGGUGCCACCUUUUAAGAAGGACAUUGACAAAUUGGAGUGUGUCCAAAGGACUGUGAGAGGUCCAGAACCAAGUCCUUUGAGGAACACUUUAAAGAGCUGGUGUGUUUAUCCUGAAGGGGAGCUGUCUUCAAAUAUUUUGAAGGCUGUCAUGCAUGAGAUGGAACAGAUUUAUCCCCUGUCAUUCAAAAGGGCAGAACUGAAAUCCAUCAUUAGAAAUCACAGGAAAUAAGAUAUAGGCUCAGCAGCGAGGAGAAAUGUCCUAAUGGUACAAGCUGUUUGGCAGGGGAACAGGCUGCCUUGGGAGGUGGUGGGCUUACCUGCACUGGAGGCAUUUAAGCAAAGGCUGGAUGGCCACCUGUCAGGGAUGCUGCAGGUGCAUCUUGCUCUGUCAAUCCAUCACUGAAUAUUGGGCUAGCUGACCCCUAGGCUCCCUCCCAAUGCUAUGAUUCUAUGAAAUAUUUGGCUCUUCAAUAUACUGGGAAUGGAAUCUUCUACUCUUGAUCUGAACUAAACACAGUGUGAGCCGAAAUUAAUGACCAGAAAUGAGUUCUGUGCAAUACUCAAAGGACUGGGAUAUAAACCAUCCUUUCCCAUUUAUAUAAAAAGCGAACCAGGUUGUUAAUAAUCAUUAGUGUUCAGGACUUUAUGCAACUGCCUAAAUGCAAAGAAGAAUCUCACUCCCUAUGAGGUUGGCAGAAUUAAGAAUAUACAUAGACUCAAGGGAGAGUGUCGAAGAUCAGCAAUGACCAAGCAAGCAUUUUGCUACAUGUAAAUCAAGUAGGGUUCAUCAACAAUGCUGGCACCAACUUGCUUUCCUAUUGAAGCCAAACAACUGUAGCUUAGGUAGCAAAAGAGGUUGCAGCAUAUAUUUGAAGACAGUGUGGGGAAACUUCCUUUGAAAGAAAAAAGUAUUUUCCAAAGCAGCAAACCAUAGAACUGAACUUUGAAAGGCAAAAUAAAAUAACAUCAUGCACAAUAUAUACCACGCACACUACAUUGUGAGUUAGUGGUUCUCCUUCAGAAAAGAGCGAGAGGUCAUUUAUAAAUUGCCAUUAUCACAGAAACCAAGUGUUACUAUACCAAAAGGACUCCUGCCUUGUAGGAGGCCAAAUGCCCUGCACACCCAUGUUUACAAAAGCUAUGAAUGGAAACCAAGACGAGUCAAAUCUUCUUGUUCCACUGGAUGCUCUAUUUUUGACAGCCACAUGCUGUCUGGGUAAGUGAAGUAUCACCAUAUUCAUAGUAUAUGGCAACAUGGAAAAAGGAACCAGCCCUUUUCUUUUGGGGAAGCUGUCUCUCGCCCUUGGUUUUCUGUCAACAUUAAACUGAUCCUAAGGGUAAGCUGAGCUGGCAGUUUUCAAGAGGAUGGAGAUGCAGCCUUCAAUUCCUUUAUCAUAGUCAUUUAUAAAGACAUUUAACAGCAACAGGUCCAGGACAGAAAUGUGCAGCACCCUACUUGUCAGUUUUUUUCCAGGAUGAUGAGAAACUAUACACAAGCACUCUUUGGGUUUGGUCAGUCAGCCAGCUACAAAUCCACCUAACCAUUGCCUCAUCCAGUCCACAUUUUACCAGCUUCUCUGCAAUAAUAUCAUGGGGGACUUUGUCAAAAGCCUAACUGAAAUCAAGAUACUCUAUGUCCACAGUAUUCCCCUGAUCCACUCUUUAAAAAAAAAAAAUGAGAUUCAUCUGACAUGACUUGUUUUUGAGAAACCCAUGCUAAGUCAUAGUAAUCACAGCAUCCUUUUCUAAGUGCUCACAGACCUCAAGGACCUUUCUUGGUAUUGACGUCAAGCUGAUGAUACCUAAAACCUCUGGAUCAGAGUUCGCCAACCGGAAGCCAUAUGGCUCCCUGCCCCCCCCCCGAUAUUUCAAGAGGGGCACAGGUGAAAAAUGCAUAAAUGGGGGCCACAGCAUGAGGCUAGGGGGGUCACAGAGGGAAGUGAGAAGUGAAGAGUGGAAUUCAUAUAUAUAUAUAUAUAUUUAAAUCCUGAUUGGCUGGCUAUCUGCUUGGCCAAUUUCAAGCGAGUAAGGGAGCGGCCCACCAGGGCCUAGAGCUCUUUUUUGCCACGUGGGUUUUCUUGGAGCAGUCCUGGUUUUUUUCCGGCAGGAGAAGGCAAUCGUUGAGGCUCCCAUUUUGACCAAUGUGAUCCAGCCUGUGAUCCAGAACCCCCAGGUCAAGUAAGUGCGGUGGUGGGGUGGCAAUCGGUAGGGCUGGGUGAGCGGGAGCUGCUUGUUGCUGCCACCAGUGCUGGGCCCGGUGGGCCUGACUCUGCAAGGCGCAGGGUGCAAUCCCACCCAGCAUCUAGUGGAUCAGGGCCUUUGGAUGUUGCCGAGGGGUGCAGGGUCUAUUGGCAGCAUCAGCCCAGCUCUGCAGGGCGCAGGGUGAUAUCCACCCCAGCGCCUAGCCAAGCGGGGUUGUCUGGUGCUGCUGACAUGCAUCUUGUAAAUAACUAUGUGUCUACUCAGAAGAAUGUUGCACUGAGUUCAGUGAGUCUUACUCCCAGGGAAGGGUGAGGCGGGCUAUAGUACUUUAUCUAGGCAGCCAGGACUCCUCUAGAUGACAAGAUCUUUUUGCACCAGGGCAGUGAGGACCACUCGCUUUUUAAAAUUCUCCCAUAUAUACAGAACUCCCUGUGCACCUUUUAGACUGUAUCUGUAGAUUUCCCCCUCUGUGUCAAAUAACUGGGGUGAAAUAAGCGUUGUUUACUUUUUAUGAUACAUGGAAGAUGGAUUUCACUCAGGAAGUUCUGGACUCUCCUUUCUUGGAGGUUUCUAAGCAGAGGUUGGGUGGCCAUCUGUCAUGGAUGCAUUAGCCAAGUUUCCUACAUAGCAGGGGGUUGCACUAGAAAGAAGACCCUUGAGGUCCCUUCCAGCUCCAUGAUUCUAUGUUUUUCUGCUUCAACAAUAUUUCAUUAUGUUCCUAUCAUUUUGUGUAAUUGAAUUUUGUAUAUAUUAUAAAAAGUAUAAACAAAACAUGUUCUAUUUACAAACAAAACAUGUAAAUACCUACCUUUCUACCAGUGGGGGGCAGGGACAUAGCCAGGAUUUUUGUUAGGGUGGCAGACUUUUGUUGGGGGGAGGGCAGAACCUCAGAUUUGUAUUGACCUGUAUUGAUUUUUACUUAUUUUGGGGGCAUCUGCUCUCCUGCCACCCCUUGGUUACGCCCAUGGGGGGCCAUAGGAAGGAAACAAGGUCGGAAGGGGGGGAAGAUUGGGAAACACUGCUUUGGAUGGCCUCUCAAAAGUUUUGUGUAUUAUCCUUAUCACAGUUCUUCUUACUAAGAUUUCUUACCUGUUCUUCACUCUAAGGAUCCAAUGAAGGUCAGAACAAAAAAUUAAUAUGAAGAUAUGGAACUGUGGUGCCCUCAACAUCAUUGGUGUUGAAGUGGAACAGUAGUUCCCCACUACUACUUUCUGGGCUUUUACCUCCAGAAAGGACUGAAGCCUCCACAACACACUGCACCUCCUAGUUCUAGUAUUGCCUGGCAGCCCAGAAGGCUCUCAUGGUUGAUGAUACUGCAAGAUGCCAAGCGGUCCAGCUUCUCUGUAUACAGCAUAAUGCAGGAAGUGGUCCUCCCAGAGGUAUUUUGUUGCUGUGCAAUACCCAGCAAGGUUUAAGAACGUAAGAUGAAUCCUGCUUGAUCAGGCCAAUAGCACACCUAGUCCACCUUCUUCUCAUACUGGCCAGCUUUAUGCCUAUAUAAGUACACAAGCACAACCUGAUUAAAGAGCACUCUCCCUGCUCCCAGAAACUGCUUUUCAUAUUUAACUAGCCAUCUGCCAUGGAUGCUUUGGCUGAGUUUCCAGCAUUGCAGCAGGUUGGACUAGAUGACCCUUGGGAUUCCUUCCAACUCUACAAUUCUUUGAUUCUAUGAACUGUCACAUGGGGAGUGGAAUAAAGUCAGGGGUAUUUUUUUAUUUCCAUACUAGGCCCAGUUUCUCCUUAGUUCACAGGGCUCAAUACGGUAUCUCAUACUUUCCUUUCUUGGACCCUUUUUUUUUUUUUUUGUAAAAUGGAGAACCAAUGUCAAUCCAAACAAGGUUUUAACAGGUAGCAAGAUUCUAGGAUUUUGUCUAACUCUCCAGAAUCAUUUUGUCAAUAGGAGUUUGAAAUUGUCAGUCAGCUGGACAGGCAUUUUUGCUGAGUGGCAUUCACAUGAUGUUCCAAACAAAAUGAGAUCCAAAAUACAUUUUGUUUUGUUUUGUUAACAUUCACUUAUAUAUAGACCUAAUUAUUCUUUACAUGUUCCUUUCUCACUUCCUUAUUAAUUAAUUAGUCCUGGACAUUUUCUGUGUUGCAAGCCUUUUGGGAAAACAUUCUUACACUCUUGUUUCCGUGCUAUUUAGAAUUCAUAGCCAUGACUCAUCAAAAAUGUGCCUCCAUCUGAAUGCCAAUUUCAUUGAGAAAUGGAAAGGCACGAAGUUCCACACAAAAAAUGAAUACUGAUUGAACCUAACCACUUCUCUAGCCAUUUCACAUGAACCCUUUCAUAUUAUCUAUGAACAUAUAAAUCGUUUAUUUGUGCUGGUAGUAGGGUUGCAUUACUUCCCUGCAAUUUCCCUGUUCUUCAAAAGUGUCCUGUCAGAAAAUGUAUUUGCUUGUAAAAAUGGGUAUACUUAGAAAUUAACCUCCAGAGUUUAUAGAACUACUCUAAGUAAAGUAUCCUGAAAACUGACCAUCCAUUCUCCAAUCCGGAUGUCAUUAGUAAGGGAUUUGUUUAAUGGAGCCACACACUUACCUAUCAAAACUCCCCCAUAUAACUAAAACGGCAACACUCACAAACAAGAGGGAGGUCUAUCAGCAGGCUUGGGGGAAUCCUGAGGUCUGCAGAAGUACAAACACACACACACACAAACACAAAAAAACAUGUUUGGGAAAAGUUGGAGGAAGCCCCUAAACAGUUCACUAAGGACUGAGCAUGUUCAGUGGGCAUGGAAUGUUCACUGACUGCUAUUGGUAGGACAGAAACAUUGGGUGGGGGAGGGACUUGAAUGGAACCUCUUGCAUGGCCGGCUGGAAUCUCAAAUGCAAUUCUUUUGCAGUUUCCACUUGUUAAGAUACUCAACAUACUAAACAUAUUAUGUGGCAUUCUCUCUUUCUCUGUGAAUGAGUAUUGCACUUUCUGAGUGAGCAGAAAGAAGAAAAGGAAAUGAAAAGGAGACAGCAAGCAUCUUUCAAUAAGGAUAGGUAAUAGUUCAUCUCCACUGAAGAACAGAGAUAUUUUGCACAUUUCAUUUAUUCUGGCACUCUAUGUAUCCAGGCUACAGCUCUGAAAUCUCCCCACCAAUUUGCUUUGGCAAGCCUGUUUACUAUCGCAGCCCUAGCCGUCAGCAUUCUGCAAUAUCACAGGGAGACUUUAUCUCAUUCCUCCUUUUAAAUUCUUGUACCUGCCACAGACCCUUUCAACGCCCAGAGAGGAAACAUGUCGCAUGGUCCCAUGGCAUCAAUAAUAUUACAAGGUUAGAAAACCAGCAUUUCCACCAUGACUGGCCUCACCUUUCAGCUAUUUGUGCUUGCAAGCAACUGAUAUGCGGAGCUGACCUUCUUUGCUAGUAAUUAUGUCUCUAGGAGAUAGGCAUUGAUCUUGCUUAUCUGAGCAUGUCUGCUUCAAGACACUUGAUUCGUCUCUAUGCAAUUGGAAGAGCCCGUGCACACAGCCAACUAUAUCAAACUUUUUAAUGGCAUUCGGAGAUGCAUCCACACUGGGGAACACUGAUAUGCUGAAACAUUUUCACUUUCUGGUCUGCAAUGUACCGUGUCUGCUUCAGGGCACUGUAAGGAACUUGUUUAGCUUCUCAGCUUUGAAGUAGCCAUGCCAGUCAUGAGAAGGAACAGUAACACAUUGUGGCUGCUAUGCAGGGGGUGCUUCCAGGGGCUGUAUGAGGUGGCUGAUGAGCCCUUCGUCUUUUGCCACUCACCCUGCAGAUUACAUGGUCAUCUCCAGAACACAGCAGACCUUUUCUGUGACCUGUUUGCAGCAGUGCAAAGCAAACUGCCUGAUUGGGCUUCCUACAGUAAGCACAGGCUUUUCUGUCGGGGCUUCAUUUCCGUUUUCAAUCUGUGUGUGGGAUUCCUUUCUUUGGUGACAAGAUUCUCUGCAGGACUGAAAGGCUCAUGUUUAUGUCAUUUAUAUUUUUAGCUGGUGCAGGAGCCCCUACAAGUUAAAGACACCCUCCCCUUUCCCACACACUUGACCCAGCUUGCUACACCCCCCCCCCCAACUAUUUGGGCGGGGGGAGAAAGCAUACAUUCCAGGGCUAAAGCUGAAUAACUUCCUGUUUAAUUUGGCCUUUAGAUAUAAUUAAUAGGGCUGUGCACAGACCCCUGAUGCACCCUGUGGCCCCCUUCUGUGGCCCCUGGAUCAGACCAUUUUGUCUUUCACUGGGAGCCACCCAUCCCAGAUCUGUCCCUGAAGCAAUUAGGGGGCAAGGCUAAUGGAUUUUAAAGGGUUUUUAUAAAUUCUAUUUUAGUAUACAAUUAAAAUAGGAUAUGGAAAAGGUCUGGAGGGGUUACACCAGCAUUCUGAGGGAUCAGAUACUCUAUAGAGAGGGUGGGAAGGAGAGGUCUGGCAGGAAAGGCACCCACCCCGCAUUUCUGCACAAAGAUGCAGCCGUCCAGUAGGCUUCUCUUUCUUCUGGUUUCUCUGUAUUCUUCUCACUUAUGCCUGCUUCUCCUCCUUGCUUGAUGCCCUGCCACAUGACAGCCCUGGAUGGCUAUGGGCUUGUUGGUUUGUAGUGGGGGAGGGAGAGAAAUAAGGAAGAAUGAGACUGAACAAAGCCGGCAACCAUGGACCCUGGAAUUCCACUCCAAGCCCUGAAAGAGCAAGCACAUUUUAUGGGGAGCGAAACACUGCCUCAACCAGCCUUGAACAUGGCACAGUUCCCUCCGAAUAAGCCCGGUUUGUCUCAGGUUUAGGGCCUUGGCUGAAUUAGGGCUGAACACAGCCCUAAUAACUGAAGACGUAAGAGCAAUAACUGAAGACAUAUCUUCUGUGGCUACUUUCCCCCCACAUGUACAGACUCCGCAGUGCUCAGACAUUCACCACAGAUCAAACAGUCCAGUCCCUUUGUGUAAUAAAAUGGCAUCUGUGCCUGUGGCAUACAUAUUGUUGCCCUGCCUUAGAACUAGCACGUUAGCCAGAAAUUUAAUUCUCCCCUGCUAUCCCUAAGUGGUGCUCCUGGAUAAGCAGGAGCAUUUUGUACAUCCCUCAGUAUUUAGGACGAUUAUUUGCAUUUGAUAGUUUCCUCUCUAGCCCGUAAUAUACUUCAAGGAAGGGUUUCAGCACCAAACAAGUUAACCCCUAUGGUCUUCUGUUCAUGAACAUUAAAUAGUAACACUGCUAACAUAAGUGUCAGGGAACUGCCAUCGGAGCAAGAGGCGGAGGGAAGGCUCCAGAGGGAUGCCGGAGAGGGUCCCAGUAGGGAGAGAGGCAGCCCGUCCGCUGGGGAAGGAAAUCAGCGUAACACCAGUAGAGAAGGGGGGCAGAUGGGGGAAUCGGAGAGGAGGCUCCAAGACUCCUCGCCGGAGACCAGCGGAGAGAGUACGGGUCCUCCGCUGCCCACACCCUCCCUGUGCAGAAGGCUUCCGCGCAGGGAGACUAGGCGGAGACUAGGCGUCAAAGAACUUUUGUGCUGGAAGAAGUUUAAGAAACGCCCACUGACGGAUUCUGCCAGCGACUGAGACAGCCACGGAGCUAGAGGCUGUCCGGUCAGAAAGGGUUCAACCAGGUAACCUAGCCAGGAGUGGCGGCAACUUACGCACGAGCAACCCCUAAACCCAUUACAAUAAGCUUUGGUCUGUAAGCUGUACAUGCAUACAACUCUUGACAGAGUUCUUAUUUGCCCUUGAAUGGCACCAGAGCAUCUCUCUUGUGAGCAUGUGAGAUUUUGGAGCCUGUGUUUUUUCCUCUCUCCCACAACGCUCUGCAAAGGGCUGUCUAGAUUUACAUGGGGAUUUAGACUUACUAAGGGGAUUUCCUAAUCUAAUCAACAUGCUUAUCGGCUAACACAAUGGUUAAUAAAAGGAACAAAUCUCCAGCUCCAAAUUCCUGGACAUCAUUAAUCAUAUCUGUUACCGCUGGGAAAGUGUUUAAAAGUGUAUUUGUUUUUGUUUAGAAACAAAUAAAAAAUGUGAGGAAGAAAAAGAAAAGAAAGCUUGAAGGCACUUGCUGCUUGAGGGCUGAAGACAAAUAGUUUUCAUUACACUUGCCAGACUGGGGUAGAAAUAAUUGCAGAGGGCGGGGGAGCUUGUCUCUGUUAUGUGAAGCUGAAAUGCAUGUCCUUAGGGACCAAUUUACGGAUCAACUGGGGUUAGUCCUCCAUGUAAUGAAUUUUCAUGAAGGGUUGCGAUGGCAUUAUUUCAACAUCCUGAAGUGAGUCAAAUGCCAACUGUACUAUUGGCGUUAGCUGUGCUAAAGGGAAACUAGUUUUAAUGUUUGUAUUUAAUUUAAAAAGGAUUAAUUUAUAAAAUAAAAUGGAUAAGCAGGAGAUCAGGGCAACUUGAACGUUGUGUUCCAUGAUGUCAACGUCUUCUCCCCCACUCCUAAAUGUGGUAAGGCUGUCAGAAGAUACUAAGUGGUGAAGAGGUGGCACUCUGCACAUAUUCACUGUUUCCAGGGGGAGGGUUGUAGCUCAGUGGUAGAGCUCCUGCUUUGCAGGCAGAAGGUCCCUCGUUCAGUCCUUGGCCUCUCCAGGUUCUACUGGGAGAGAUCCCCACCUGAGAGCUGCUGCCAGUUAGUGCAGACAAUGCUGAACUAGUGGACCAAUGGUCUGAGCUUCCUUUGUCCUACUAUAUUAUUACUUCACAAAGGCAUAGACCUUGGUAAUUUUGGUAGCACGGCACCCUGUCUGAGGCUGAAAUUUGGAACCCCCAAAUGAGUUUUCUUAAUGAUGGAUCUUCUCAAUCUUGUGCCCCUUUCACUUGGUGCCCUGUGCGGGGGAACCACCCGCAUCCCCCUUAUAUCCAGUCAAUUAGACCCUUCUAUACAUUGCUAAAUGUGGUGACUACAUAUCUUUUCUGUAGCCAGUCACUUGUUCAUUUGUUGCAUUCUUCCCUGUGUCUUUCUCUGCUUCCAAUUCUGCCCGCUUCCUGCAAUACAGAAGCAGAUGGGGAAUGUCUCGUCAGGUCUCUUGAAUGGACAUACGAGGCUCCUAUUUGUUAACUGCAGAAAGCCAUCUCCUUUCAAUAAAAGCUGCAUUCUUUGAAAAAGAAUUGACUCUAAUUUUCCCUCAUAUGCUUUUAGGUACAAAGCAAUUGUCAAUCCAAUGGAUAUUCAGGCACCCAACGCAGUCCUGUGGACCUGUAUCAAAGCUAUUGCCAUCUGGAUAAUAUCCAUUCUGCUAGCAGUUCCUGAAGCAGUAUUCUCUGAAGUAGCAAACAUCAACGACGCGGAUAACGUCAGUUUCACAGAAUGCAUACGGUAUCCCUUGAAGGAUGAUUUGCACCCAAGGAUCCAUUCAGUGAUGAUACUUUUGGUAUACCUCGUUAUCCCGCUCACCAUCAUUAGUGUUUACUAUUACCAUAUUGCAAGGACUUUAAUUAAGAGUGCACAUAAUCUGCCUGGAGAAAACAGUGCACAAUCUAAAAGACAGGUAAGUGGCCCAUAUGUAAGCUAGAACCUCUUAUGGUCAUGCAAGCCAGGCCACUUAUUAUUUCAAAGUACUAAGUGGUUACUAAGGCAUUUCUACUUAUAUUGUUGCUCAUAUAUUACCCCUGAGAGCCAACUCCCUCUCCACCACCAACUUGGCUUGAGAAAUACUGUACCACAUUGACUGUCUGCUGAAUGGCAAUGAAAGAAGGAUAAAAAUAUUUGCUCAAGGCAGAAUUCUUGCUGGACUUAGUAAUUUAGACUAGUCUGAACCUGUAGUGGAUUUUCACGGGUUCCUGCAGCUUCCAUUGCAGGAUUUGCCUGGGUAUAACAUGAUCCCCCUAGUGCCUAGGCCCUGCACAGCAAUGAAAUAAUAUUCUGUGUCAACAUCAGGAGGCCUCUGCAAAGGUCUAGCGGGGCUCCUAGAUGUCAGGGCCCCCCUGGAUUCCAGUUAUAUUCUGGUUUGGAGCACAUUACUGAUAGUUUUUCAGAUUUCUCUGCUGUACUUUUCCCUACUCCAGCUAAUAAGAGACACAAUAGUUGUUGCUUUUUACAAGUCUGAAUUACAUGUUUAAUGAGAGGAGUAGAUAUUGGUUUAGUAAUGGUGAUUGGUUUCAUGAAAAUGAAAAUGAAAACAGAUGGAGUAGGCAAUUUAUACAACCCUAAGGGAAGCAUUGGAAAUAGAUCACAAACCAGUGGACUGUAGAUAAUUUGCACACAGCUAUUAUAGGCUACUGCUUUGAGCACUCUUCAUUAGAAGUAAAGUCCACCCAAAUCAAUGUGUCUUGUACCAAGAGGAACUGCUGUGGAAUAAUGUAUUUGGACAAAUACAAUUUGCAUGAAAUUUUUAUAAAAUUCUCUUAUUUGUGAACAAAGUUAAUACUGUAUAAGACUAUAUUUAUUAGUAGAAUGUGCUGCACUAUUUCACAAAUUUUUUUUUGCAGGACUUGACUUUUUUGGACCUAUUUAGGCCAAUGGAGAACUAUCCUGUAAAUGGCAAGAAACCCUCAGAAAAGGGUUAUUUCUUUACCUUUGUCCCUCUACUGAGUUCUCAUCAGUCUAUAAACAAUUGUUGGAUGGUCCAGUGCUGCAUACACAGCGAUUCUUGUCUAAUUAUGCCUCCGUGUGUGUCCUCUAAUGCAGACUUCUUCAUUUUUGGGUUCCAAGAUGUUGGACUCUCAACUUGCAUCAUCCAUGACCAUUCUUGGGGGUGAUGGGAGUUGUGGUUCAACAAUAUCUGGGGACCCAAGGUUGAAAAUGUCUGCUCUAACAGAAGUUUGGUAGAAGGUGUGCUUUGACCUUUUUGGGAUGGGUGGAAGAACUGCAUCAAAGGAUGCCCCAUGCUCCCUUUGAACAGGUAGUUGGUGAAAUUAAAGAUACAGUCCUUGAACGCCUUGGUACUCGUCUGUUUUGGCUCCCAAACGCCGCAAACCUGGAAGUAAGUGUUCCAGAACAUUUUUUUGGAAGCCGAGCAUCUGACAUGGCUUCUGUGGCUUCCAAUUGAGUGCCGGAAGCUCCUGCAGCCAAUCAGAAGCCACGCCUUGGUUUUCAAACUUUUUGGAAGUCAAAAGGACUUCCGGAAUGGAUUCCAUUCAAGAACCAAGGUAUGACUGUACAGUAGGAUGAUACAAAGUAGAAUAUGCAACUUAAUGUAUCUGUACCUGAAAACAUCUUGGAAUUUAUUAAUGCAAAUGGGUUUCAUUGGCUUCUGAUGCUACUCACUUUACUAACUGUAUCUGAAUGCAUUGUGAAAGCUCAUGUGGAGCAUAACAUUGUACUGUGACUGAUUAUUUCUUCUCAUUUCAUCUUUUUAGAUGGAAACACGAAAGCGCCUGGCCAAAAUUGUGCUGGUCUUCGUUGGGCUUUUUGCAGUAUGCUGGUUGCCUACCCAUGUCCUAUACAUGUACCGGUCCUUUAACUACAUGAAGAUCGACCCAUCACUUGGCCAUAUGGUUGUUACGCUGGUAGCCCGAGUGCUCAGCUUCUGCAAUUCUUGCGUAAACCCAUUUGCCCUCUACUUCCUCAGCGAGAGCUUCAGGCGGCAUUUCAACAGUCAGCUUUGCUGUCACAUGAUGCCUCGUCCACAGAGAUCUGCCAGCUACCUGCACAGUUCCUCGGCCAUUCGAAUGACUUCAAUGGAGAAUGCCAGGAACACUGUUACCAUGACAACACUACUGAAUGGACACAGCCCAAAACAAGAUAUAGCAUUUUGAUUUAACCAGUGCAAUGAAUGAGCGUGGAAUGAGCUGGGUUUAAGCUAUAUAUUUUUGUUGCCAAUCAAAAUUCCUUAAAACAGAAAAUUGAUGAGCGGUCCCUGAUACAGGGAUGAUUGUUUUAAAAUUUAUCUUCAUGUUGGUUUUGUAGGAAUUAGGAAUACUAUUCCUCACUUAAAAAGGUAUUUGGUUGGUUGGAAUUGCUGAACAUAAAAUAAGAAAAAUGCACACUAUAAAAAGAAACACGCAUGAUAGGUUGUUUUUUAAGAAAUGAAAAAGUACUGAUUUACUUAAAUGAUAACUUGAAGGUGGGGAUGCUUUGGAAACUGUGGCUGGGUUUAAUAUCUUCUCACAAAAGAUUAUCCUUUCAAUCCAGAAAAUAAGAUAUGUAUACUCUGUUAAUGUGCAUGUAUAUCAAUUUGUAGCUUCACAUAGCUAUGCUUCUCCAGUCACCAUUGAACGUAAUACACAUAUCUAAUGAGGAUGGGAAAAUACAUCCUGAUUCAGGUCACAAGACAUGUAGAACAAAGCAGGUUUAGAGAUGAAUCAGUGCCUAUAUAUGCAAACGGAACAGCUACAUAUUAUGCACGGUUAGGUUAGGUAGCACUGAUAAAUUAGGAACAUGCACUAGGAUUAUUGGCUCUUGAUUCUGCCUAUGGGGCACAGUGUUAACCACCUGCCAACUGUCAUCAUAAAGGCUAAUUCUUCUCACCCACUGCACAUACUAAGAUUUUAGGUGUAUCCAACAGGCACUGCAGUGGACAACAGGUGAAGCAGUUUGAUCAUUUUGCCAGAAGGCUGGAUUGCCUGAUGGCUACAAUGAGUUGUGCAAGCUUUUUAUAACACCUCAGCUUACAAAAAAUCCACACCACUCAUUAUUUCACUUUGCUUCAUUCACUCAUCUGAUACCAUCACACAUUUUAUUUGUUUUACUGCAUUAUGUUUUGCACCAGAGAGCAGUGAACAUCUGUGGUCAUUUAACAAUGAACGAAUGAAUAAAUGGAUGGUUAUAAAUAAUUCAUUGAGAACAACGCUGUUAAGUGUACCUAACUCUGACAGACAGGCUCCUCUGUUGCGACGCACGUCAUUUCAUACGUGCGUCAUUUUUCAAAAAGUCUACGGCUCUUUUUAAGGCCUUAAAACUUUAAAUGCCUCUUCUUCUGUGUUCCAUUUUAAGCAAUGUCAAAUCCCUCCUUGGUGUUCCUCCCCAUCUCUUAGACGAAUAGUCCCAUAUGCUGUUGGUCAGAAAGGAUUGCGGCAUGUAACCAUUCUUAGUGUGCUGAAACUAUCAGGCAACCUCAGAACACUAGAAAGUCUCUUCUUCUCAAAGACACUUGGUGGACUCAGCACACCGAUUGAAAUUAGAGCUCUUCUCACCACAGGAUCCCAUCUAUAGCAAUGUUUUGCAAUAUCUCCAGUGGACAAAAUUGCACAAUGUCCCGGCCAAAAGCAGCUUUUGUGCUAAGGCAAUUUAUCUCACCUCUCAGCCCUAAAUCCAUCCAUCUCACUUUUUAGGGCUUGCCAAGUCCUCUGAAUCUGCCCCACUACCUUUGUCUCUUCACUAUCUUUGUCAAAUUCCUCUGCAUUUAUGCCACCUCUUCUGGUAGCCUCUAUCUCACUAGCAACUCCACUGAUCUCGACUCCUUUUCCUCUAACCUCCACUCAGCACAAGGGGCUGGAGUCAGUAGGGGGAUGCAGUGUUGAGGUGGGACUGCUGGAGGGGUAUGGCAUCAAUGGAGGGAUGGGGCCAGUGGAGGAGCAUGGCAUCAGUGUGGGCCUAGCAACACCCCAGUUCAUUUUCUCCUCACAAAGCCCCUUUAUGUGUAUAAAACACACAGAGGAUUUCAGUUGUAAACAGCAGCAUUUUUGAGGUCAAUUACACACAUGUCAUUUCAGAGUUGGGAUGUUGCCAAACAUUUCGGGCCAGAGUGUUCCUUGGUGAAAGCAGCAUCUUUAAUAGGAAAGAAUGGCCAGCUUUAAUGAUUGGCAUUUAUUACUUCUUUCAUUUUCUGUGGCCUGAUCAGCAUGAGCAAAGUUCUUCCCAUGGAUGGAUGGAGCAUGAGCUAAAUGGGUGCAAAGUAUGAUGAGGGUAGAAGAGACUGAAAAGGUGUGACCCUCAGAUCUUGGCAGAAGACAAAAACACAACAGCAACCAACAUUGUCACAGCUGUGAGCUUAUAGCUCCUUGUGGACAGGAAAUGAGCACAUCUUGACUGCAUUGAACUGCAAACAUCUUGUCCCAAGUUCAAUGUGAGCAAAAUAAAUGGGUUUUCCAUGCUGCGUGACAUCUGUGAAUUGCCCUGAAGUUCUAUGGAAAGUUUUUAAUUGUUGUGUUGGUAUAAAAUGGUGUCUUGUCUUUCCCCAUCACUGUAGCUUGUGGUUCAGUAAAGUUUGUCAAUGUUCAGAUUUAUUUGUGAACUGACUCUAUAUACUAAUAAUAAUAAAUUAAGCAUGGACGGAC